AUGGAGAAGCACUUGAACAUCAAAGAUUUAAACAAGGUGUUUAAUGAUCCCAUCCAUGGCCACAUCGAGUUACAUCCACUACUUGUCAAGAUCAUAGACACACCUCAGUUUCAGAGACUACGAAACAUAAAGCAGCUUGGGGGCGGUUAUUUCGUUUUUCCAGGAGCAUCGCACAACCGCUUUGAACACUCAAUAGGGGUGGGGCACUUAGCAGGAGAACUUGCAAAAACUCUGAAGCUGAAACAGCCAGAACUCGACAUCAGUGAACGAGACGUCCUUUGUGUGCAAAUUGCAGGUCUCUGUCAUGACCUGGGACAUGGACCUUUUUCCCAUCUUUUUGAUGGAAUGUUCAACCCCGAAGCAGACCCAGAACAUAAAGACUGGAAGCAUGAGGAUGCCUCUUUAGAGAUGUUUGAUCAUCUGGUGGUGGCGAAUAGUCUGGCACAAGAGAUGGAGCGUUAUGGACUGAUACUCCCACCUGACCUGACAUUUAUCAAGGAGAUGAUUAAACCUCUAAAGAUUGAUGACGCUGAGUGGCCGUAUGAAGGUCGAGAUGAGAAUAAAUCCUUCCUCUAUGAAAUUGUGUCAAACAAGCAAAAUGGGAUUGAUGUGGACAAAUUCGACUACUUUGCCAGGGACUGCCACCACCUGGGCAUCCGGAACAACUUUGACCAUCAACGCUUCAUCAUGUUUGCCAGGGUGUGUGAUGUGAAUGGGAGGAAGCACAUUUGCUCUAGAGACAAGGAAGUGGCAAACCUGUAUGACAUGUUCCACACAAGGAACUCUCUCCACAGAAGAGCCUACCAGCACAGAGUAACCAAGAGUGUAGAAAUUAUGAUCAAAGACGCCCUCUUGAAAGCAGAUCAGUACAUCCUGACUAAAGGUUCAGGAGGGACAACGUUCUGUCUCUCCAAAGCUAAAACUGACAUGGAAGCCUACACAAAGCUGACAGAUCAAAUGAUUGAAAGAAUACUCCACCCUUGUUCUUGUUCAAAUGAAUUCACUCCCUCUCCUCUGGAGGAAGCAAGGAUGAUUCUGCAGAGGAUCAUGUCUCGAGACCUGUACCAGUUUAUGGGUGAAACCAAGCUCAAGAAAGAAGACCAAGAGGAAAUAAAAAAGAUGAAGGACAGCUUGGAAAAUGAACUGGUUAAAGUCAUUCCAAAAGACAACUUUGAAAUUAUGGUUGUCACUUUGGACUAUGGGAUGAAAAACAAGGACCCCAUCAAUACCACAUAUUUCUACACUAAGGCUAAGCCUACUGAAGCAUUCAAGAUUCCCAGAGAACAGGUGUCCAAGCUUCUCCCAGUGUGCUUUGCUGAGAAGAUCCUCAGAGUUUACUGUAAGAACUCAGCGAGUCUGAGAGAUGCUAAGUUCUGCUUUCAAAGCUGGUGUCACGAAAAUGACUUCCUAACUGAGGAUCGAGACAGAGCAACUCCAUGAAAUGAAGAUGGGAAACACUGAGAAAUUAGGUUUUUUGUGUUACUGCUAGGGAUGGGUACCGGUGUCCGGUGCCAUGAUGGC